GAUCUUAGCCGUAUUUACAGUUCCCAAGGACGUAGCAGAUGAACAAACUCAGAGGUGAACAUACUCAGAAAGACACUUCUCCGGUCACUUCCAUAAGAAGUCGAGCUCUUUUAUUCUCUUUCUUUCUUUCUUGCUCUCAAUUGGCUUGACAUGGCUCCCUCAUAUUCUUCGCUGAAUCCUCGAGAUGUUUGCAUAGUCGGUGUUGCACGUACACCGAUGGGCAGCUUCCUUGGCUCCCUUUCAUCUCUUUCUGCAACAAAACUCGGGUCCAUAGCCAUUGAAGCUGCUCUUAGAAGGGCAAACGUUGAUCCUUCACUGGUGCAAGAGGUCUUCUUUGGGAAUGUUCUCAGUGCAAGUUUAGGACAAGCUCCUGCUAGACAGGCCGCUUUAGGUGCUGGUAUACCCAAUUCUGUAAUAUGUACCACCAUUAACAAAGUAUGUGCAUCAGGGAUGAAAGCAACUAUGCUUGCGGCGCUGACAAUCCAAUUGGGGAUUAAUGAUGUUGUUGUGACUGGUGGCAUGGAAAGCAUGUCUAAUGUUCCCAAGUAUCUAUCAAGAAAGGGACCCCUGGCAGGACAUGAUACCAUUGUUGAUGGCAUGAUCAAAGAUGGACUAUGGGAUGUGUAUAAUGACUUUGGAAUGGGGAUGUGUGGAGAAAUUUGUGCCAAACAAUAUGCCAUAACAAGAGAAGAGCAGGAUUCUUACGCUGUUCGAAGCUUUGAGCGUGGAAUUACUGCACAAGAUGGCGAUCUGUUUUCCUGGGAGAUAGUUCCGGUUGAAGUGUCUAGGGGAAGAGGCAAACCAUCCACAAUUGUUGAUAAGGAUGAAGGUUUGGGAAAGUUUGAUGCUGCAAAACUUAGGAAGCUUAAACCAAGUUUCAAGGAAAAUGGGGGUUCUAUUACUGCCGGCAAUGCUUCUAGCAUAAGCGAUGGUGCAGCAGCUUUAGUGCUUGUCAGUGGAGAGAAGGCACUUAAGCUUGGGUUACGAGUAAUUGCUAAGAUCAAAGGAUACGCAGAUGGUGCUCAGGCACCGGAAUUAUUCCCGACUGCUCCAGCCCUGGCAAUACCAAAAGCUAUUUCAAAUGCUGGUCUGGAGGCUUCUCAAAUUGAUUACUAUGAGAUAAAUGAAGCCUUUUCUGUCGUGGCUCUUGCCAAUGAGAAAUUGCUUGGUCUUAAUCCUGAAAAAUUAAAUGUGCAUGGUGGAGCUGUGGCUCUUGGACAUCCUCUAGGAUGCAGCGGAGCUCGUAUUUUGAUCACAUUGUUGGGGGUAUUGAGACAUAAAAAUGGGAAGUAUGGUGUUGGUGGCAUCUGCAAUGGGGGAGGUGAAGCAUCUGCCCUUGUUCUUGAGCUAAUGUCGUUUGAGAGGGUGGGACCUUCAAAGUUAUGAAAUUUAUUUUUCGUCUCAAGUCGUCGUCAGCCUCUGCAGUUUUUUUUGUUCUCUUCUAUAUGUUUUACUUUUGAAUAAGUGAUCACAAAGAUAAAUCCACAUAGAUGUUUUUUUUUCACCUUACUAAUAAUUCAAAUAAUUCAUUUUC